AAACGCAGAACUGAUCCCGGAACAGAAGCAGUGCAGACCAUAUAUUUUUCACCUUGACAUCAGCUAUGGCGACUGCGACUACGUUUAUUCAGAGAUUAAGGAACUUUUUGGCGGGGCGGAAUCUGCAGGCAAAGCUUCAGCUGCGUUAUGAAGAAAUUGCAAAAAGGACUCAACCACCUCCUAAACUUCCUAUUGGUCCCAGCCAUAAGUUUGCCAACAACUACUACCUUACCAGAGAUGGAAGACGGGAAUCUGUUCCAUCGACUGUUAUAAUGUCUUCUCAGAAGGCCCUGGCAGCUGGCAGUGAAGUUCCAGCAAAGACCAAGCGUCCGGUCCUUCCUGGCCCCGAGCCAAAAGAGCUCCCGCUGUCCACUGAUCAGCCGUACCUCUGAACCGUCUUCCACAGUGUGAUCAUGAAAUAAUGUUCCUAAACCUAUCUUCCCUUGAAUAACUCACAUGUAUAUGCUAAAUUAUAUACAUAACUAAACUGUGUGUAUAUACAUCCGUAAACAAGUUAUUUUUUGUCCUUUCA